CGAUCAUGGACCACAACUAUCAGGUAAACUUCUUUCAUCGAUGAUUUUCAAAUGAUCCAAAUGAUGCAAUGACACAAAACAUAUUCCAAUUUACAUAAUGAUAAUCUAUUCAUACAGAACCAGGAGCUUCUUUGUUUUAGUCAGGUCUAUCUGAGGACUCCAACAAGAGACUUGGCUCUGCCUGGAAGCUCAGCGGACUUCUGAUGGGCACAGCACUAAUAUAAAUUCUUAAGGGCUGCCUGGGAACUCACGACUGAUAGAUGUUUACAGCUAUGAACUUUUGCACCCCUGACACAUGCUUAAGAGGAACAUUCUGUGCUACAAUGGUAGUUAGGUUAAGACCAGAGCUGGGCAUGAAUUGGUCAUGUUAAGGUUAAUGAUUAGGCUUUGGUCAGGCUGUCAACAAUGAUUGGAGGUCAAUGCAAAGGACAUGCGCAAACCUGUGUGUGAAUGUGCCUAUGUGUAAUGCUAAAGUUCAGCUUUGGACAUUAAGUUCUGUGUGCGAAAUAAUCAAAAGCAUUUGUCAUGAAAAUAAUUACAGAAGAACAAGCGUUAUUUUCAGUCACGUGUAGAAAAGGUUGAGUGGAGUGUUUUCUCAAGUUCAGUUUCUUUCCUCUCCUGCUGCUUCGGCAUGGAGGAAGGUGGAUACAAUAUCUGGGAGCAAAGUAGCUGCCAUCAGUGAAAACACGGUGCACACAGUUCAUAUAUCUCCAACAAUGUGUAUGCACAGUCAGAGGCAGUAGAGACACUGAUAAAGGCUAACAGAGGCCCCAGUCACCAUCCGGCAUCACCACAGGUUGGUGAGUCAAACAAUGAUCUGCCCGUUGACUCAUGGCAGAGCAUAUAUGCUUCUCUUGGAAAAUGCAUGAAAGAGUUCAACAAUUUGACUGAGACACAACAUCUUCUGUGCUGGGAUGAACCACAGCUGAGUAAAGGAAACCGUGGGAAAAGAUAUACAACGUACAUUCUUGAUGUCGCUGUGCUUGUAAGGAUUCCGCCAUAAAGUCCUUGGGUUCGGAUGCUGAGAGUCGUCAGAUUGGUCGGCUGCUGAGACUUUAACAUGGACAAACCACAGAAGGACAAAUCGCCUGACCACAAGAAGACAGAUGCCAGAAAGAAUCCCGGGAAGCAGCCAGUCACAGCCUGUCUGUUGAAUGCAGCCUUUUUUGGGGCCCUGGGGUCAUCUUUCCUCUACGGCUACAACCUGUCUGUGGUCAACGCUCCUGCUCUGUUCAUCAAAGCUUUCUACAACAAGACGUGGAUGGAGAGGUAUGGGGAGCCAGUCGGAGCGGAGGCAGUCACCCUCCUCUGGUCCGUCACAGUGUCCAUAUUUGCUAUCGGAGGUCUUCUGGGAGCAUUGUCAGUGUCUUUAUUCCUCAAAGUGUUUGGAAGGAAGGGAACCUUGCUGCUGAAUAACAGCUUUGCCAUUAUCGCUGCUCUGCUGCUGUCCCUGGGCGAGACUGCGAAAUCUUUUGAGAUGCUGAUCAUCGGCCGUCUCAUCAUCGGGGUGGACUCUGGUAUAGCUCUCACUGCGCUUCCCAUGUACCUGGGAGAGAUCUCCCCACGACAUAUCAGAGGGUUCAUCGGCCAGUUCAACUCAAUCCUGAUCUGCCUGGGAGUGUUCACAGGUCAAGUACUGGGACUGCCCGAGCUGCUGGGCCAGGAGUCCAGGUGGAUCUACCUGUUUUCCUUCCUGGCGUUUCCGGCAUUGCUGCAGCUGUGUGUGCUGCCCUUCCUCCCCGAGAGUCCUCGCUACCUGCUGCUGGAGAGGAGGGAUGAGGCUGGAGCAGAGAAAGCCUUCCAGAGGUUUUUGGGGAAGAAGGAUGUGUCCCAGGAGCUUGACGAGGUGCGAGCGGAGGCUCAGGGCACCCUGCACACCAUCUCUGUGUUACAGAUGCUGAAGACCCCAACUGUUCGCUGGCAGCUCAUCACCAUCAUCAUCACCAUGGCCUGCUAUCAGCUCUGUGGCCUCAACACUAUCUGGUACUACACCAACGGGAUCCUUCGGGAAGCGGGCUUUGCCGAGAACCUCCUGCCCUACAUCACACUGAGCACCGGGGCUAUAGAGACGUUGGCGGCCAUUAUCUCAGGUUUGGUAAUAGAGCGAAUCGGCAGGAAGCGACUCCUCAUUUUUGGGUUCUCGGCCAUGGCCGUGUUCUUCAGUCUCCUCACAGUGUUCCUCAAUUUCCAGGAGAGCGUGUCCUGGAUGCCCUACCUCAGUUACAUCUGUAUCCUGGCUGUUAUUGCGUCCUUUUGCUCGGGUCCAGGUGGCAUUCCCUUCAUCCUGACCGGGGAGCUGUUUGAACAGUCCUACCGCCCUGCCGCCUUCAUGAUUGCUGGCACCGUGAACUGGCUCGCCAACUUUACUGUGGGCCUCCUGUUCCCAUUCAUUCAAGAGACGCUGCAGUCCUUCACCUUCCUCGUCUUUGUGGUCGUCUGCACCCUGGGAUCCAUCUACCUGUAUGUCGUCCUCCCUGAAACCAAAAAUAAAACAUUCAUGGACAUCAGCCAGAGCUUUGCCAAGAUCAACAAAAUCCCUGCCUCCUCCCCCAGCCAUGAAAUGGAGCUGGAUCUGUGCAUAAAGCCGAAAACAAGUGAAACAGUCCAGAUUGUGAAAACCGAGAGUUCAUUCUAAGUGUUGUAUUGUGGGAGAAUCAGGUUUGAAAAGAUAAACUGAAGAUAUUUGUCGUUUUUAUAUAUUUAUUUUAUCACUGUGAUUAGUGAAAUUAAAUUCUAUGCUUUUUUGAUAUUUUGUAUAUUUUGUAUGCUCUUUAUCACUGGAAUAUUAAGAAAUAAGGAAUAACAGUAUUUCAGUUUACACCAAUCAAUCGAAUAAAACCAACCAACUGGA